AUGAACGACAUCUUUUUGGGAGGAAUCGAGGUGGCCAUCCUUGUCACUGUCAUCCUUUUUGGUAUGGUGACAGUUCAGGUUUUCGUGUACUACUCCAACUUUCCUGACGACUCGAGAAUCAUCAAGACUCUGCUUGCGAUAAUUUGGGUUAUCGAAGCAGGUCACGUUGGUGCUCUAUGCUACGGACUCUACACCUGCACUGUCGCCAAAUAUGGGGUUCCCGAUAUACCCGUACCCAAAGAAAUGUAUUCAGCGGCCAUCCUUGGCAGCGUCGCCCAUCCAUUGGUCCAGGCCAUCUUCAUAGCUCGCAUACGUCAGCUCGCCAGUAAUUCCGUCAACCGAUUCUUCACAGCGGCUGCCUGGGGAGUUUCAGGUUUCAACUUCGGCGCUACGGUCCUCCUUUCCAUAAAGAUCUUCUCCGUCCAGACCUUGGAUCAGUUCGAAGAUCAAUGGUCUUGGUUUAUGCUAGCACGUCUUGCUUCGACUGUUGCGGUCGACUUGAUCAUAUUUGGCGCAAUGUUGUAUUGCACAGCCCAUAGCCACCCUUCAGAGUACGUCCAUGUCUUCUGCCUUUUCUCAGCUUCUGAACAACACACGAGUGUGAACCACCUCGACAAACUCGUUUUAUUCACCGCCCAAACCGGCCUCUGUCUCGUCAUUAUGUCGGCCGCGGUGCUUGUAAUGUUCUCGUUGCUCAAACACAAUCGCAAAUCUGUGGCUAGCUAUACUCGCUUUGAGCACAGGAGGUACUUGAAUUUCCUUCUGCAGGCCAAUGUCAACUUAUCCGAGUAUCUAGUUUACAGCAACUCGCUGCUCUCCUUGUUGAACGGAAGACUACAUCUUGGCUUUAAACCCGACCUGCCCUUCACCAUUUCUCUUUCCACUCUGCAUAAUCAAACAUCACCGAGGAACGACUCAAUCCCUCCAGCCACUCAUUUAAAACCACCCAUCCAGACUCCAUUGACAUCACCAGCAUCCCUCAAACCGUCCAGUCUAGCACAUUCAUCCAUUCAUUUCAGCGCGCAACUAGAUUCACCCAAGUCCAAGCACGAGAUGGUGUAG